GUCAUCAUCAUGAAUUAUCCUAAUCGGAUUGAAAUUGGAUAUUCACUAGUGCUCGACUGCCAAACUUCCCACAUUGCUAUAAAAUUUGCUAUGAUCUUGACCAACAUUGGCAGGUGCUCAGGUAAGGAACUGGAGAAGGAGGCGAAGUUCUUGAAGAAUGAUGAUGCUGGUAUGGUUAAGAUGAUUCCCACCAAGCCUAUGGUUGUUGAGACCUUUGCUGAGUACCCAACAGUGGGCCGUUUUACCAUGAGAGACAUGAGGCAAACUUUUGAUGUCAGUGUUGACAAGAAGGACCCAACUGGUGCCAAUAAACAAGAUACAUAA